AGUCAGUAUGCUGUCGGCAUUGAUCGCUCCCUUCAAGUACAUAAGCCCUGGGACCAGCAGCACAGAGGACGAGGACAGUUUAAGCACCAGCAGUGCAGAGGUGAAGGAAAACCGCAAUAUUGGUAACUUAGAGGAUCGCUCCAUAGGGCCCGGGGAGUGUCAGUCAACAAGAAGCGGGAGUUCUGGUCUGAAGAGGAAACGGCCACUGGAGGAAGACAAUAACGGGCACCUGUGUCAACUCCGUCUGAUCUAUAAGAAACUGUCCUGGUCUGAGGCUCCAAAGAACGCGCUGGUACAGCUGAAUGAGCUGCGGCCCGGCCUGCAGUACCGGAUGGUGUCUCAGACGGGCCCUGUCCACGCUCCCGUCUUCUCCAUCGUUGUGGAAGUCAACGGGCUGACCUUUGAGGGCACAGGCCCCACGAAGAAGAAAGCCAAGAUGAGGGCCGCAGAGCUGGCCCUCAAGUCCUUCAUCCAGUUCCCCAAUGCUCCUCAGGCCCACCUAGCCAUGGGAAACAUUUCAAACCCUUCAGCCGACUUCACCUCAGACCAGGCCGACUUCCCCGACACGCUCUUUAAGGAGUUUGAGUCUUCGUCGUGCUCCGACCGCCUCUCGCUCUGCAACUCGGAAACCGAAAGCGAGUUGCUUUCCAGCGAGCUGCUCAGACACGGGCGGUUGCUGCGCCACACCUUGGACCUGAUGGUGCAGGCGCAGCAGAGGCUCGGUGGAAUUGUCCAAGAGUCCGAGGCCCCUAAGAGCCCCGUGGCUGUGCUCAAUGAGCUGCGGCCGGGCUUGCGCUACGCCUGUCUUUCGGAGCGAGCCGAAGGCCGACGACUGCGCAGCUUUGUGAUGGCUGUGCGUGUGGACGGGCGGAUUUUCGAGGGCUAUGGCCGCAGCAAGAAGCUGGCCAAGAAUCAGGCAGCCCAGUAUGCUCUUCAGGCCCUCUUCAACAUCAGGACGGCCCCCGAGGGGAGAACAGGUCUCAAAGCCAGCAGGCAGAGUUGUCCUCAUUUACCCCAGGACUUUGCUGAUUCAAUAUUCCACUUGGUGAGGGAGAAGUACCGGUCGCUGGUGGGCGGCUGCAGUCCUGUGCACGCUCGGCACAAAUCCCUGGCAGGCAUCGUAAUGACCCGAGGCCUGGACCUGAGACACGCCCAGGUGGUGGCGUUAUCUACUGGCACCAAGUGCAUCAACGGAGAGUAUCUGAGUGAUCAGGGACAAGUAGUCAAUGACUGUCACGCUGAAGUCACAGCCCGACGAGCCUUGCUACGCUUCCUCUACUCCCAACUUGAACUCUUCGUGAGUAAAAGGCCGGAGGACUGGGAGGAGUCGAUAUUUGUGCACCACAAAGAGUGCGGCUACAGGUUGAGAGACAACAUCCAUUUCCACAUGUACAUCAGCACCUCGCCGUGUGGAGACGGGAGGCUCAACUCUCCAUACGAAAUCACCGCUGACCUGCACAGCAGCAGACACUUAAUGAGGAAGCAUCGGAGUCACCUGCGGACUAAAAUCGAGUCAGGCGAGGGGACGGUGCCGGUGCGUUGCCGGGGACCCGCCCAGACCUGGGACGGUGUCCUUCAGGGUGAACAUCUCAUCACCAUGUCCUGCACAGACAAGCUCACCAGAUGGAACAUCCUUGGCCUGCAGGGGGCAUUGCUGAGCCAUUUUGUGGAACCAGUGUACCUGCAUAGCAUGACCGUUGGCAGCCUGCGUCACACGGGCCAUCUGGGCAGAGUUCUGAACCAGCGUCAGGAGCGCCUGGGCCCACUGCCUGCCACAUACAGACGCAACCAGCCCCUGCUCAGCGGCUUGAGCAGUGCCGAUUAUCAGCAGCCGGGGAAGGCGUCGUGUGUGAGCGUCAACUGGACGUUGGGUGACGCACAGUUGGAGGUGGUCAACACCGCAACUGGACGGAGACGAGACUCAGGGACACCCUCACGUCUCUGCAAGCACGCCCUGUUCACCCGCUGGAACAGACUGUACCGCAAGUUGGGGAUCCACGCGUCCAGCUCGGCGGACCGCCAGCUCAUGUACGGCGAGGCCAAGAUGGCGGCGCGCCCUUACCAGACAGCGAAGCAGCAGUGGUUCAGGUCUCUGCAGGAAAUGGGCCUCGGCACCUGGGUCAAAAAACCCCCAGAGCAGGAGCAGUUCCUGCUGUCGGACUGAGUGAGCGAGAGAGUGUGUGUGAUGGUGUGUUUGUUUAAGCAUCUCUUUUAUUUUAGGGUCCAAUGAGUCUAUGUUUCACAACCCAGUUUAACCUCUAAACUCAAGGCUGUCAGCCCAGCAUGUGUGUGUGUGUCUGCAUUUCAUUCUCCACGUACACCCAGGACGGCAGGCGGAAGGUUGACUGGACGUCUGAAAAGAAACGGGACACGAGGGUGGAGUUGGUGUUCUUUAAGCACACAAACACACGAGUUUAAGCAAACACCCACCUAAAUGUGGCCCCCCCUUCCACCACCACCACCCCCAAGCUCUUCUGUGGCUGUCAGGGAAGGGUGGGGUAACCUUGAGCGGGAAUGAAAGGCAGCCACUAUCUUGUCAUCAGCUAUUUCCGGGCCCCAAGGCUCCCGCUGAGGAGUAGAGCCACGGGGGAGAGAGCGAGACAGACAGAAGCAGAGGGAAAAAAGAGAGGGAGAGGUCCUCGUCCAAUUACCGGCCCUGUCAGAGUGACGGGUGAUAGAGAAAGAGGAAGGGAAGAACGAGUGAGGAAAAAGAAGGACGGAGCGUCGCUUCAGAGCUCACCUUUCUCUCUCUUUCUCGUUCUAUCUCUGUCCUCCUCCUUUUAACUCACCCUUUGACUCUCCGUCGCUCCCUCCUUUGCCCUCUUUUCUGUCUCCUCCCUUGCCUCCACCUCCUCGUCCUCCUCUCCUCACCUCUCCCCGCCACGCUUGGAGUUUAACAUGACACGAGGACAGGUUAAUACACCACCCUUUUUUUCCCCCAUCCCUCCCUUCCUCUCAUCUUCACCCCUCUGGGUAAAAAGAGAAAGCGAGGUACAUAAACGCAGCCAUUACAGCUCGCCCUGAGUGCGUGGAGUGAUGGAGGAGAAGGGGGAGUGGUGUAUUUACUCUCCUCCUUUUGUCUUUUGACCUGCCUGACCUGAGUUUUUGUUUUGUUUCGUUUUUUUCCACCUGGUUUCAUGCCCGUUUCCACGCAUCUUAAUCGCUAAUCUUGUCGCCACCAAUAGCAGCUGCUUAUGGAGGCGAGUCAUCAGCCUUGAUGCCCCGAGCAAGCUGUCAUUCUGUGGUCAUGACCACCUUGGAGUGAAGUUUGUUUUGUUUCUUUUUGUAAAUUUGCACCUCACACUAUUUUAUGUCUUUGCAUAUUUCAUGAACGCAGCAUUUUACGUGAUUUUUUUCCUUUUUUUGUCCUUUUAAAUCAGUUAAAUGUUUAUAGUCUUCGUAUUGCUCUGUCAUUGCCGUUUUUGUCUCUAGUCAAGGUAGCGGUGCGGCCCAGUUCAGAGUAGUGAGAGUGACAUCUAGUGGUCGCUCUUGUGUUUUGUCCUGCCCCUGCUGUGAGCCCCUGUCCUGGCAGCAUUACAGUGUCACAGCUGGAGAGCUAAGCCUUUACUGGAGAUCAGACGACUGGACACACGGGCGGCUUUACACAAAAACUGCAUGUGGAAGAGUUUCUUCUUACAUUUGAAAUUUUAAAAAGCUGCAGAAGUGAUUCUCCACAUAAAAAUGUG